UGGACACCUCCCCCCUCUCCAACUAUGUGAUGCACCCAUUCUGGAAUGCUGUAGUAAAGCGACUUCCCCGAUGGCUAGCUCCAAACCUGAUGACCUUUGUAGGAUUCCUCCUGCUCAUCUUCAACUUUGCCCUGCUGACCUGGUAUGACCCCCAGUUCCGUGCGUCCAGCUCGCAGCACCCCGAUGACCCCCUGGUGCCAAACUGGGUGUGGUUGGUGUGUGGCUUUGCGCACUUCCUCUCACACACACUUGACGGGUGUGAUGGUAAGCAGGCACGGCGUACAGGGUCCUCCUCCCCGCUAGGAGAACUGUUCGAUCACGGUCUCGACUCCUGGGCCACCAUGUUCUUCCCCACCGCCAUAUACUCCAUGUUUGGGCGUGGCACGGAGUACGGCAUCACGGUGACACAGAUGUACAUGGUAGUGUGGGUGGUGAUGAUCGGCUUCAUCAUGUCUCACUGGGAGAAGUACAACACAGGCACCCUGUUUCUACCAUGGGGUUACGACAUGAGCCAAGUGUGCAUGCUUGUGAUGUACAUAGCAGCAUUCUUCUGUGGCCAGGACUUGUGGCGGACACACUUACCCAUGGGACUGCGCUUCCACUACCUGUUCCUGUUCAGCUUCUACGUGUGUGGCCUGGCUCAAGAUGUCACCCACAGACAUCUUAGAACAACAGCCCCGUCUCUUCUACUUCAUGUCAGGGACAGUGUUUGCAAAUAUAGCCUGCCGGUUAAUCAUAGCCCAGAUGAGCAACACCAGAUGUGAAGGGGUGAACGCCCUCCUGUGGCCGCUGAUGUUGAUCGUGGCGGGGGUGUGCACGGCGCCGCUCGGCCAGUGGGAACUGGUGCUGCUGAUUGGUUACACAGUCAUGGCCACUCUGCUUCACAUCCACUUUGGUGUCUGUGUGGUAAUCCAGAUGGCAGACCACUUUAACAUCAACAUCUUCACCCUGAAGAAACAAGAUUGACCAAAA